CAUAGUAGAGUAGUGCUUCUCUACUCUGUGGUUAUUCCUAGAGCAGAUCUGUGUUAAAACAUUGUCUUUGGUAGUUGGAUUCAAUAUUAGCACACAUUUUAACAACUCCAACUCUUCACUUUAGCUCAAACUUUGUAAACUCUAGUUAAACUUGAAUCUUGGAACCUCUUUUCGAAUUAGAAACUAGGAUUUGAAUCUUUACUUGCAACUGGAAAACUUGGGAAAUGAAAGUUCUAUUCUAUUUUAAAGCAUCUGCUUUUCUUAUAUUAUAUGGAUUUAUGCCAGGCACCAAUUCUAACACAGAUGGAGUUGCACCCAGUGCUGACUACCCUUACAUCAUAAAUGAAGUUAAUGCUGCGGAAGAUAGUUGGCAAAAUAUUGUCCAAAGAAUCUCCUGGCUUAGAGAUGCUGACGUCAACACACUUUUCGAAUUAUAUAAAAGCCUCACUAACAGUAAUGAUCCAGAUGUCUCGAAGUUUCUGUACACAAUGCUGAUACAACAUUCUCUUGCUCGAGUGGUUUUGACAAGUCUGAAAUUAAACCAGGCAAAUAGCAAACUUCUGAAAGAAGCUGUCAAAGUACAGCUAGAGAUAAACAAGUCCAGGGUACUGAAUGACAGAAAAGGUCUAGACUUGACGCAACCCAUCACAGAUAAACCAACUAUCGAACAAAACCAAAUUGAGACGAUUUUGAAGAGUAUAGUGGACAGCUUGAAACAUAGAUUGCCUGAGAUGGAACUGGUUGACCAACUCAAAUACAUAAUCCACACCACAGCCAUGGAAUAUAUCUCGUUAAGUUUGGUGGACACGCAUGUCUCAGGUUUUCUGUCGCGAUUGUUUGGCCUGUUUGAUCAGGGAAAAAUGUACAGUAAAAAUAACUCGUAUUAUGACGUUAUGAUGAAGUUUCGACCAUCAAAGGAAUCCCUGAUGGAUCCCUAUGUUGAAGGCAAAGAUGUUGCAGUCAAUCUGAUGCAGAAAUAUUUCCAGAAUAUUGAUCCUUUUGUCGAUAAUUUCCUCAGACGAGCCCCCAGAAACAAGCAACAAAUACAUUUCCAAAAUCAAUUGCUAGUAAACCAUUGCAUCCUGAAAAAAUUGAUCAAUGAAUUGUCACUCAUAGAACAUAAAGAUGUCUACUAUGCUGCACUGAAGUUGAAACUGGACAAUUUUGAACGAAAAUUGGAUAAAGUGUCAGGAAAAAUUUUCGAAUACACAGUUUAUCAUAGUCGUGGUUUCCAAUCUUCGCUAAAAUCCAUGGUUGAUUUUGAGAAUGAUCCAGUGUUUUCUGGAAUACCAAAAUCAAAAAGCUAUAAACAGAUUAAGGGAUCUGAGGGGUCUGUUGGAAGGGUGUUGGCAAUGUGGAUAUCACAGAAAAUUGUGCUGGCAAUAAUUGAUGAUGUGGAAAUGUUCACAGCCAUCAACCAGUGUUUCUCUCACAUAGAAAAAGUGGACUCAGGUGAUGGUAGUUUCUGUAAUGAUUUUGUGGCAGAUGGUAGUUCCAUUUUGGAAAAAAUGGGUUGUAAGAGUUGUUUCAUACCGGUGUUCCAAUAAAUGAAUGAAUAAAUAGAUAAAACCACUUCACUGGCAUGAGUAAUUUCUUAAGGGUAACCGUCAAAUGGAGACGUAUUCAACCAAUCCGUUCGGCCGUUGGAUCGGACGAAUCUGCCGGCCGUU